CCCCGCCCCUCGCGCCUCUCCACAUUCCUCGCCGCGCCAUCACGCGUCACACACGCCCACCUCGGCCGCCUCGACUCGUGGACGAACACACGCACGCACGGACGUCGUCUCUCGGCGCAGAUCUUCGUAGCACAUUCUAAGCGGAAUGGCGUGGCUGGUGACGAUGGCGCUGGUGGCGAGCCUGGCAGGGAUCGCCCACGGCGACGCGGGGCAUUUCUUCGCCGAGACGCCGAAGCACCUGCCGAGGAUCGGUCGCCGAGGAGAUCUUCCGCCAUUGGCAACGUUGAUGAUCGAAGAGGACACACGGGGUUACGGCAGGUCUGUGGGGGGCGUGCCAGAAGCCCUCGCCCGGGUGGACGCCGACGGCGACGGUUGCGUCAGCAUACCCGAGCUGCUGCGAGUCCCUGUCAUCCGGAUUGCCAUUCUCCUACAGAAUCCUGCUCUCAUCUUCGAGGAGGCUCCUGCCAACACUGAGGACAAGCCCAGCGGGACGAGCUACAGUAGCGACCGCCGGCCGGAGCCUCACCUGCUGCACUACCUGCAGAAGUGAGCGUCCUCCGCGCCGAAGCUGAGCGCCGGCACCGUCCACCUGUACCUGGCCCGCCACCGCACCUGGAGUUUGCGUACCUUCAGUGACGUACUUUGAUGGAUUCCCGACAUAUCUUUUGUAGAAUUAAGAACCUUGUAGAUAUUUGUUGUGAAUAUCGAGUAAGUGGGAAAUUAGGGUCUUUUUAACUUCCUGUGUUUUCUAAAUAUUUCUUUCCGUCACUCGCAAUUUGAGUUUUCGUUUCUGGAAAGAAAGAUGCUGCAAGUGCUACUUCUCAUCCAUUAUCUGGUUUGUAGUUCGCGCCUUAAUUCACAGACUAUGUAUUCAUCUGGCCUGCAUUAUUUAUUUCCCUAUUUGACGCCCUUAUAUUUAUCAAGGAGAGAUUGAAGAAGGCAUGAUCUACUAUUUAUUUUCUAGUGGCUUGAAGCCUUGAGGGCAUAUUAUUUAUUAUCAUUUCAAUAUUUAUGAUCGCAUAAUAAUUAAUUUAUAAAGUAAUACCCGUUACUUUUGUGUUGCUAUUAUUAUAAGUUAGAUAUUUAAAAAUUCAAGCUAACUGUUAACUUGAAUCAACGUUUACAAACAAUUAAUUUCAAUGGAGAAAUGGGCAACAGCAGCAGUAUCUCAUUACAAUGGAAGUUUCGGUGAAGUCAGCGUUGAGUAUAGAUGCUCUUAAAGUAAAGACGACCUUUUUACUUUCGUUCCUUCACUUACCUUUUGAUGUGACUUACUGUGUCGUUAUGGGAGGAAGCCCAGUGACUUGGUGUCGCCGACGCCUGACGGAGCGCAGUUCAAAGAGCGACUGUCGUGCUUCACAGUACACCGGAUUUCGGUUUCGAAGGGAAGAUUUACUUAAGAUUUUUCUCGUCAUUUCUUUUUGUGCAUUUCAUAAGCAAAACUUUUUUUUGUUUGUAUUGCACUUUCAUGUAAGUUCAAAUUCGGAUUGUCUGUACAAACUGCCUUUUAUAAAAUGAUUUCAACUUCAAAUCAGUACAAUAGGAGUGUUCAGCCUGAGUUCCAGCCUUUUUUCGACAGGUUGUUACGUUUCACUGAACGUCACGUGACCAGUGUACACGUUUUGAAAGAUAAUAAAGCUGCAUGAUGCUUAGAG